AUGGGUAAUCAACAAAUUCGUAUAAUCAAUAGCGAGACCUGUAAAGAAUGUAAUAAUGAAUACUAUGAAUACGGAUGGUGCAAUAAUUGCUAUGCCAAAAGAUUCCAGCAAGACUUUAAAAACUGGACGAGCGGUAACGACGUCGUAGACAAAUUUAUUCAAGGCAAUCAACUUAAAGCAACUAGUUUUACCACGUUCAUCGAAUGGAUCCCCUUUGAAAAGUUCAAGGAUGUGACAUAUUUAUCUAAAGGGGGAUUUGGCUCAGUUUCUAAAGCAGUAUGGCCAGAAGGUUACAUCAUCGGCUGGAAUAAGGAAUUGAUUAGAAUUCCUAAUGUGAAUGUUUGUUUGAAGCGUCUAGAUAAUUCAGUCAAUAUUUCUCCGGAAUUUUUACAAGAGGUUCAGAAUCAACUAAAGCUUCGAGCGAAAAGUGCCACCGUUCCUGUUUAUGGAUUGAGCAGAGACCCUGUAUCCAACGAUUAUAUUAUAGUCACAAGCUAUUCCGAACAUCAAAGUAUCAGAGAUACGAUUUUGAAAUCAUUUGAAAGUAAAAGGCCAACUGCCAAAGAGCUAGUUAAUGCUUUCGAACAAUGGAACACCAGUAAAGGUUGUUAUGAUUAUGAUGAAACUACCGAAUUACAUAAUCAAAUCGAAGAAACCAAACUUUUAUACACAAAACAAGAAUAUCCUAUGUAUGACCCUGUUAAUGUCAAAGUUCACCCACAGGCUUUGUAUACUAGCCGCCCCUUGAGUAUCAAUAGCACUUGA